GAAAUGAAAUGCUCAUUUAUAGCUGUUAAUUCACAGUCAGUUCAGGAAUGUCAGACUAAUUGGUGAGCUACAGUAAGUAGUGUUUGAUGACUAUGUUAGAGAUUCAUCUUUUCAGAUGAGCAGCCGCUAAACUCCGGAAGGCUGAUCACUGCUUCUGGUCUUUCCCUUUAACACAGAAUGAAAUGACUUUGUACAGUUCAAUAGACAUGUACAUGUGAAUAGAUGGCUGUAGAAAACAAUAUUUAGAUUUCCUUUUUGCAGGCUGUCAAGCUGUAGAGUUUCGGGAAAAGGCUGUUUGUUCCUGGCUUCAGCUCUGAAGUCAAACCCCUCACACCUGAGAGAGCUGGACCUGAGGUACAAUCAACCAGGAGAAUCAGGACUGAAGCUGAUUUCUUUUGUACAGAAGGAUCCCAGAUGUAAACUGCAGAUGCUAAGGAGUAAUAUGGAAGACACAACAAAAUUGAUGGAGAGUGAGAAGCCUUCAUCUCUGCAACAUUCUGUCACUGUCGCCUGGAAUUGGAUGCCGGAACUGGUAUCGGGAAACAAGCAUUUAUUUAUACCAGAUGUGGUGGAAACAAGUAACAUGAGAGAAUACAGGUUUCAGGCAAAACAUCCUGGAAGGUUCUUCUGCUGCGUCACAGGCUUGGUGUUUGUGAUGGAGUCCAGUGGGGAGGUGAUCUACAGCUUCUGCUCCUGGGAAAUAGCCCCCAAGGCCCUUGGCAACUGUGGUCUGGCGGGGCCCCUUUUUAACAUCGAGUGUCCCCAAGGGACCCUGAAGGAACUACACCUCCCUCACUGUGAGAUGUCAUCUGCAGAUGAAAACCUGGCUGUAGCACAUGUAACCAAAGACAACAUGGAGAUUCUGUGGCCACAGGAGGUGACAGACACACAUGUGGUCAUCAGCGUCACCGGCCUCUCUAUUUUUACUGUCAUAAUGAGGAAAAUAUUCCCGGUGGUCCGAGGGCAAGUGCUACUGCUGCUCCGGCCCAUAGAUAAAAUCUUGAAUGUGUUCUUGUUGCCCCUGAAUGUGCCUCCUGACCAGGUGCACCAGCAGGAGCUACAGAGACAAAACAUUCUCAUUCCUACCAGCUCUAAGUGCACGUUCAUUCAUAAUGAGCGGUACAGGAUGUCCAGUGACGAGGAGGCAAUAAGGUGGAUCCAGCCAGAGAUUGAAGAGUUUGAAUGUGAUUUUGACCCAACAAUCCACCCAACUUUUGAGGUACAGCUGAACCGUGACGUGGUGGAAGUGGAGCUGAGUGUCUUGGAAGAGAAGAGCGGUAAAGUCGUGUGGCGGCGCAUCGUCAACCUCAGAGGUGCUGUUUCUCCAUCACCAUCUACGACUGAUACAGCUCAUCGUCAAGUGGUAUCUCAUCAUUCAGGUGUGGCGUUUGUAGACCAACACAGGAAAGCCAUCAUCCAAAAAGUGUCACUGAUUGACCCCAUACUGGACGACCUCCAUGAGCACAUUGGAGAGGAAAAGUACAAUAACAUACGUGCUGCCAGUACCAGCCAGGAGAGGAUGAGGAGGCUGUAUGAGGUGUUGAACAGCGAUGAGCUGAAAAAGCUUUUUUUUGACUCCCUGAAGAAGAAGGAAUCCUCCCUUGUCUUAGAAUUGCUUGGCUUAUAAUUGGACCAGUAUGCAAAACCCUGUUUGCCACUUCAAACCUCCCAGCUGAUACUCUCUGUUCUUAACUCUUUUUGAUCCAGUUUGUACCACAACCUUUUUAAAACCCUAUCCUUUCACACUAAGAAUGGUAAGAUUCACCAAUGCACAUUGGUGCACUGGUAUAAAAAUUCACAAUGAGACUGAAGACAAGAAAGGAGAGGAACCAAAAGCUCCCAAGUAAGGAAAAAAAACCUCUGGGGGUCCAAGGUCAACUGGCUGCCCCCCCCCCCCGGGCACACUAACAUUACAGAUAACAGAUAAGAGUGGACAUGCUUGCUAAAACGUAGGUACAGUAUGAAGUCCAUCGAUGAAUCCGUUACCCACAUUGGCUGGCUGGCAGGCAUGUCGAUCUGUGUGUGUCUUCAAAAGACUAAAAGUUGUAAAGUUGUUAAAGGAAAUGUGUCAUUUUGUUAGUGUUUCAUUUGUCAUAAUUUGUAACAUGAAAUAUACUUUUUACCUUGUUUUUGUGCAAAGAGGUUGUCUUUAAGUUAAUCUAAGAGAAGAGUAAAGUCAUAAGAAAAUCAAAA